UACGUCAAAUUCGGCGUCGUCCUAAAGAGGUUAUAGUAGUGUUAUUUUGCGCUUAUUUUAAUAAAACAUUAGGCAAAAAAUAUGGCUAAGCAUCAUCCAGAUUUAAUUUUCUGCAGGAAACAGCCCGGUGUCGCCAUAGGCCGAUUGUGUGAGAAAUGCGACGGUAAAUGCGUGAUAUGCGACUCGUACGUGCGGCCGUGCACGCUGGUGCGCAUCUGCGACGAGUGCAACUACGGCUCGUACCAGGGACGAUGCGUUAUCUGCGGCGGGCCCGGCGUGUCUGACGCGUAUUACUGCAAAGAAUGCACUAUCCAGGAAAAAGAUAGAGACGGGUGUCCAAAGAUUGUGAACCUGGGAAGCUCAAAGACUGAUCUGUUCUACGAGAGAAAGAAGUAUGGCUUCAGAAGACACUAGUAGUAACUGUAAUGUUAGGAUAUUUGUAUUAUUAAAUGUGUGAUUUGGACUUUAAGACGGAUUUAACUUAGGAUGGUAUUCCACCUGUCCAAUUUACUUGUCCAAUGUCAGUGUGUCUCACUCUCUUAUGAAGCAAAAAUGUGAGACGAAAUACACAUUGGACAAAGAAAUUGGACAGGUGGAAAACCACCCUUAGGGGCACUUGCCCCAAACCAUUAGUAAUUUUCAGAGUUCGGACAAUUUAUUGCAAAAAUAAAUAUUGUAUGGAACAUGAUAUAAAUUUUUUUUUACUACAGUUUUUGUGUAUAAUCUGAAAAUUUCAUAAAGAUACUGUGUACAUAUGAGUUUGGUAAAUCUGGUCCUAUUUUGAGAUAUAAAUGAUUUUUGAUGGUUUUGUGAUGAUUUGUCCGAUCACUGGUAAUUUUUCUUCAAUGUAAGUUUCAUAGUAUUCUGGUAAAAUGUUUACCAAUCUGCUGAUGGCGGUUGAUGAGUCGGAUUUUAUUUGACGUAAAUACCUUAGUGCAAAUUUUGUUUAAAAAUAACACUACUUUCUUGGCAAACAUUUGGUCAUAACUUUCUCAGUGAUUAUACUGACCAAAAUAUAUUAAUUUGAAAUUUAGUUACUUACAAAAAAAAUGUUACUACUUACUG